AUGGACAAUCUGCCCGACGAGAUUCUGUCUAGGAUUUUCUUCCUCGCAGCAACCACAGACAAGGACUCUCAAGUCGGCGCUGCCGCGAGCGACGCGGAGCCCAUCGUCGAGUCCGAUGUCAGCCCGUGCCAUGGCAUGGGGAUGGUGUCGAAGCGAUGGGCUUCGCUGCUCCCCGUCGUGCGCAUCAGCGCUGCUGCCGACUCGUCAUCUCGUCUGGAGGACCCUGACAAUCAAAACGAGUCGCUCCCCGUCCCCGCGCUCUCCGCGCCCACACUAUCCGCGCCUGCGCUCUUCCGCACGCUGUCCCGCGCGCCGAACGUGACUUCCUUGACGCUGGGCAAUGGCGCCGUUGAUUUCUACGACGAUAGCUUCCUUACCUCGCUGCUUUCCGCCUGUCCCAAGCUCACCGGCUUGAGCCUCGGCGAGCCUCGUCUCACCGCCGCACCGUCGCCCUUCACGAUCGGCCUCGCAUCGCUCGAUUCAUUCUUCCGCGCCGCAGCGCCGUACUCCAGCAAGUUCGAACAUCUCCCGGAUGGACUUUGCCAUCUGCCCGCGCUCCGGGAGUUGCAUCUCAGCUGUUCGUUGCUGUUGGAGCUGCCCGAGAAUUUCGGGCAGCUGAAAGCUUUGACGCACCUCUCCAUUGAGUGCGAGAACUUAUUCGGCCUGCCUGAUUCUUUGGGCGACCUCUUGUCGCUCACCUCCCUCUGCAUCGACGGCUCGUUUGACUUGCAACUCCCGAGUAGCAUCACCUCACUGCGGCAGCUGCGGCGCCUAGAGCUGCGACGCUUUGACAGCGAGUUACCAGGCGGGUGCGAAGCAUUGGCGAACCUGGAAGAGGUCACGCUUGAAGAAUUCGGCAUGCGCUCUCUCCCACUCACUUGGCUGGAAACCCUCACUCGCCUCACCCUUUGCUCCUGCAACGAGCUCACGUCUCUCCCCUUCGACCACGUCGUACGGAAUUCAACGCUGCGUUACUUGACUCUCGAGGGUCUUGAGUCCAUUCCGCCGCUCCACCCGCUCAGCCGACUGACCUCCCUCCAAAGGCUCAAGGUCCAUUGUUCAACUGACGUCCGCGCCGUUUCUAACAACGUGGACUUCCCCGUGGGCUUGUUCUCCUUGCCGUCGUUGUCUUACGUGAGUGUGGACGGAGCGAUAUGCAGUCUUGUGCUUUCCGCGUUUGGCCACCUCACCAACCUCCGCUCUCUCUCCCUCUCCGGCUGCUUCCCCCGCCUCCCAAAAUCCGUCUCACUCCUCGCCCCAUCCCUCUAG